CGUGGCUGGGCGGUGCUAGUUAGCCCACAUGAUGCGGAAAUUUUGCACAAAAAAUCCUUCAGCUCCGAAAUGAGCUGAACUUCAGAGCGAACUCAGUCCAAACUCAGGGAAAGUUAAUCUGCGAGAUUUUACGCGUACACGGAAAAGCGGAAGUGGACACACCGAGGUUUCUGCAGGUCUUUUUGCUGAUGAGGAGCACCACACUCACACACCCCUCCAUUUGUACAGCAGCUAUUGGACUCCUCAGUAAAUCAUUAAACGCAUCAGUCCCGGGACUCCUGUCAUGACAUUAUCAGAUAGAUAAACAGCAACAAGAAAAUAACACUUGAUAAAACAGAAGGACUUCUGCCUGAAGGACACAGAAGAUCACUCUCAGGGGUUAGUGUCACAAACUGAUGGUCACCUCCUCCGGCCCUCAUGAAGCCGCAGCCUGCAGCACAGGGUAGCCGCCAUCAGCUUCAGGGUGUAGAAGUUGACCAUUAACCUCCGGCGCUGAUUGCAAACACUUCUUUGCUUGUAAGCAGCUGCCUGUGUACAGUGGAUCCUGAAGCAAAGUUCACUGCUACAGGCUGCAAAAGGCAGGAGCUCCUCUGGAAGCUGCUUUGUGGGUGUUUUAGGACUGAGCUGCAACCAUGGCUACCUCACGUUAUGGAUACUACAGAAGUACAAUAUUUCUGGCCAUGUUUGUGGGCUACACAUUGUACUACUUCAACAGAAAGACGUUCUCCUUCGUGAUGCCUUCUGUAAUGCAAGAGAUCAAGCUGGAUAAGGACGAUCUGGGUAUGAUCACCAGCAGUCAAUCUUUGGCCUACGCUAUUAGUAAGUUCAUCAGCGGUGUCCUGUCAGACCAAAUCAGCGCCCGCUGGCUCUUCUCCAUUGGCCUGUUCAUGGUGGGAGGCAUCAACGUGAUCUUCUCUUGGUCCUCCACUGUCGCUGUCUUCUCUGCCCUCUGGUUUCUCAACGGUCUGGGCCAAGGCCUGGGCUGGCCUCCCUGUGGCAGGGUGCUGCGCAAGUGGUUCGAGCCCUCUCAGUUCGGGACGUGGUGGGCGAUUCUGUCCUGCAGCAUGAAUCUGGCUGGCAGCUUGGGCCCCAUCGUUGCCACCGUGCUGUCGCAGAGUUACAGCUGGAGGGCGAUACUGUCCGCCUCUGGAAUGAUUUGCAUCGUUGCCUCAUUUGUUUGCCUGCUGGUAAUCAAGAACGAGCCCAAGGAUGUGGGGCUGCCCAACAUAGAGGUGUCGACCAAAAAGAGCAAAGGUGGAUCCUCAAGCCAUGAAAGCACCCUGUCUGAGUUUCUCCUGUCCCCCUACCUGUGGCUGCUGUCCAUCUCCUACCUGGUGGUGUUUGGGGUGAAGACCGCCUGCACCGACUGGGGCCAGCUGUUUCUCAUUCAGGACAAGGGCCAGUCUACACUCAUGGGUAGCUCAUACAUGAGCGCCCUGGAGGUUGGCGGGCUGGUGGGCAGUCUGGCUGCAGGUUACCUCUCUGACAAAGCUGUGGCCAGACAAGGGAUGAGGCUCUAUGGUAAUCCACGCCACUUCAUCCUGAUCUGCAUGAUGGCAGGAAUGUUUGUGUCCAUGUACCUGUUCAGACUCACCGUUACUCCUGACAGCUCAAAGGUGUGGAUACUCGGCUUGGGCGCCGCCUUCGGUUUCUCCUCAUAUGGACCAAUAGCUUUGUUUGGAGUUAUAGCCAAUGAGAGCGCUCCAUCCAACUACUGCGGGACAUCACAUGCUAUCGUUGCUCUGAUGGCAAACAUUGGUGGCUUCCUUUCUGGACUCCCAUUCAGCACCAUUGCCAAGCACCAUGGCUGGGAAAUGGCCUUCUGGAUAGCAGAGAUCACCUGCCUUGUCACUACUAUCGGAUUCUUCCUCCUGCGCAACAUUCGAACCAAGAUGGGACACGUGCCCAAGAAGGCGGACUGAGCUCAUUCUGUGCGAGCCAGUCAUUUUUACUUCUUUGUUUUUAAUUAGUCAUAUGUGAAAUAAAGUUCAUAGAAAUGUGCAAAGGCGCUUCUCAACAUGUUGUAUAAAUAGUCUGUGAACUUGAAGAAAUUACUGCAAAUUGCUAGACAAUGUUUUUUCUGAUAAUGCCUCUGCAGGACUGCAAUAGUAAGAGUGCAAAAUAGGAGGCUACAAAACACUGAAAUGAGCAAUCUUAGGUCAAUGAUACUUUUUCUCAGUUAACCCUAUAACACUAACAUCAGGUGAUUUUCACAAAUUUCAGUCCUGUGACUUUGUUUUUUCAUUUAUUUUUAAAAAAGCAACAUGAUCAGAGUACCCCAUGAUACCUUAUUUUAUCAGACAUUGUACAGGAUAAAAGAGUACUUCAAUUUGCCA